AUGUACAAAUUAGCUGUUUCUAGUUCUGGGGCAUCAACUUCUGUUUCUUAUGGUUGGCCAUCACCGCAACCCUCAACCUCUAAAUUGCCUACUCCAACCCAGCAGCGUAAAACAACAACAAAGGUGGGAAGGCCUAGGAAGUACCAGCUGCCAGAGAACCAGGAGGACGAACCAGCACCCUUGCCACCUGCCCAAGGGUCUGGGCCCAGUGCUGUAGACAUCCCUGCUGAUUUCAUUGGGGCUGUGAACGGUCUGGAGACCGCUAGGAAAACCGGGUACCGCAGAGAGCUGUCAUUUCGCUGCCCUUACUGCCCGCACGUCGUCAAGCAGCGGGACGGCAUGACCACGCACCUGGCGGCGUCUCACCAGGACCGAGUGGUCCAGCAGCCCAGGGGAAUGAAGGGCGCCCAGGCCAGAGUAGUGAACGCCAGCACGUCGGGUCCCCGUGUCCUCGACGAGGGCAUAUACUCGUCGGUCAUGGGAGGACUGCGAGGGAUCAUGAGCGCGGGGGCUUUCGCGAAGACCGGGACCGCUUUCAAGCAACUGCUUACACAUGUGACAUCGAGCGUCGGGCGAGCCGAUGUCGUCAACCUCGCGCCCCAUGCGGAGAUUGUGGCUGCGCUCAACUCUGCGAUGGCAUGUCUCAAUUUAUUAUUGAUUGAGAAUGGCCACAUAAGAAAACAUCAUUCAUUUAUGUUGCUUUAUCCUUCAUAUUUCGUGGACCUUUCGGCCGAAGAGAAUACCGCCCUGGCGGCGCUCGCUCGGCUCCCAGUGGACCUGAAGAAAAGAACAGUUUACCGAGAGAGCGGUGCCUGGAGAAAGACUGAGAUGGAUCUGAUUAAGGCGUACGGGAGCGACUCUGAAGAUUCUGAGAUCGACAUCCAGCAUGUGACGGGUGACUCCAUUGCGCUGGAUGUCUCCGGCGCAUUGUUCGGUGACGAAGAUGUUAAGUACCGAUUCAACGCGAAAUCCUUUGUCUGA